AUGUCGUCGUCUUCUCCGAGUGGUGAUUUGACUGAGAGGAGAGGAAUUCCUGCCGCCAAAUUCAUCCAAGAUGUCGAGACUUAUCUCUCUCAGUCUGGCCUCGAUCCUAACUCUGCUCUCUCCUUCCAUCAAGAAAGGCUUCAGCAAUAUAAAGUUGUUGAGAUGAAGCUUCUUGCCCAGCAAAGAGAACUUCAGGCUAAAAUCCCAGAUAUUGAGAAGUGCUUAGAGGUUGUUGCCACUUUGCAAGCAAGGAAGGGUACUGGUGAGGCACUUUUAGCCGAUUUUGAGGUGUCUGAAGGAAUAUAUUCGCGGGCCCGUAUUGAAGACACAGACUCGGUGUGUUUAUGGCUGGGAGCAAAUGUCAUGCUGGAAUAUUCCUGUGAAGAGGCUACAACUCUUCUGAAAAACAAUCUGGAAAAUGCUAAAGCCAGCCUGGAGGUUCUUGUAGCUGAUUUACAGUUCUUGAGGGAUCAAGUCACAGUUACUCAGGUAACUAUUGCACGUGUUUAUAACUGGGAUGUUCAUCAAAGGAGGGUUAAACAAGCCACCCCUACUGCUAUUGCUGCUGCAGACUCAUGA